GCUGUGGGUGUGUGUGUGUGUGUGAGAGAGAGAAAGUGUAUGUGUGUCAGGUCCACAGGAGCACUGCCAUGUAGCUGGGGCUGAAGAAUGAGCGGCCAGCACACAACAGCAGAUUCGACAGAAGACCACACGGUCCAGCAGGAGAAUGAACUAGAAGCCCUCGCCUCUAUCUUUGGAGAUGACUUCAAGGAUCUGCGGAACAAGGACCCGUGGAAGGUCAAAAGGCCGCCGGAGGUGCACCUCUGUCUGAGGCCCAACGGACUAAACAAUGGACAGGAAUGCUACGCGACCGUGGACUUGCAGGUCAAAUGUCCCCCCACGUACCCAGACGUGCCUCCGGAGCUGGAGCUGAAGAAUGCCAAAGGCCUCUCAAAUGAAAAUCUCCAGAACCUGAAGAGUGAACUCUCAAAGCUGGCAGCGGUGCGAUGUGGAGAGGUGAUGAUUUACGAGCUCGCGGAUCAUAUCCAGGGUUUCCUGAGUGAGCACAACAAGCCUCCACCAAGCUCCUUCCAUGAGGAGAUGCUGAAGAACCAACGGAAGCAGCAGGAGAAACAAGCGAUGGAGGAGCAGCGGAAGAUAGACCAGCAACGCAGACAGGAGGAGGAGAUGGAGAAAGAGAUUAUGGCUGUAAUCCAAAGAAGAGAGGAAGAGAAGCGAGAAGAAAAGAGAAGAAAGGAAAUAGCAAAACAGGAGCGACUUGAGACCAUGGAGCAGCCACUCGCUGCUAACAGUUCUCUGUUAGGGAAGAGCCCGCCAAGCCCAGGGGCAGCGCCAUUUGAAGGGAGUGAAGCUAGAAAAGGAGUUGGUAACCGCCGUCGGACUACCUCGAGCACACGCCACAGACGUGACACGUUUAAUGAAGACAACCAUCGCUCUCAAGAGGUCCUUCACUUCAACAGCAGCACUUUUGGAGAGCUUGCUGUUCACAGGGGGAAAAGUUUAGGUGAAAGCGAGAGGCUUGGCCGUAGCACUUAUUAUGGAUUUGAGGCAAACUCUGGAGACUUUGCAGUGAUCUAUGAGUGGUCGCUGUGCUGGAACAAGAAGAUGGGCAAGUUUUUCACCAGCCAAGAGAGAGGAAAGAUUGACAAUUGUAAAAAACAGAUCCAUGGGGCUGAAAAUGAGUUUAACUCCCUCCUGAGACUGGAUCACCCAAACUUGGUGCGCUACAUGGCGCUGAGCUAUGCCGAGAGGGAAGACUGCCUUGUGAUUGAUCUACUGGUGGAGCAUAUUCCUGGGGUCAACUUGAACCAAAACCUGAUCGGCAACAACCCGGUCCCUCUGGAUAAACUCCGCCAUUACACAUCCCAGCUGUUGGCCGUACUUGACUACCUUCACUCCAACUCUGUAGUGCACAAGCAGCUUGGCGCUUCCAGUGUGCUGUUGGACUCUGGGGACAACGUUCGGCUAACCGAUUACAGCUUGUCGAAGAGAUUCGCUGAUAUCUGCAAAGAGGACAUUUUUGAGCAAGCCCAUGUUCGCUUCACAGAGGGUACCGUGAUGCCGACAAAGAUGGGCAAGAAAGGCGACGUGUGGAACCUUGGGCUGAUGCUGCUCGCACUGAGUCAAGGGAAAGAAGUGAAGGACUAUCCAGUGACGGUGCCCGCCUCACUGCCUGCUGAUUUCCAGGACUUCCUCCACAAGUGUGUGUGUAUCAAUGAUGCUGAGCGCUGGACGCCCCUGCAGCUCUUGGACCACUCCUUCCUCAAGCCUCCAUCACCCAAAAACCUGCCACAGUCCAACGAUGCCAGCCCAGAAGAUCUUGCUGAGGACUUUGCCUCAUCGGUCAUCCCACGAAGUCACAUCCUCAAUGCUCCAUUUAUAUCUGGCGUGCAGAGGCAGUUUUCACGCUACUUUAGUGAGUUUGAGGAGCUGCAGCUUCUGGGAAAAGGAGCCUUUGGUGCGGUGAUAAAGGUUCAGAACAACCUGGACGGCUGUAACUACGCUGUGAAGCAGAUCCAGGUCAACCCAGCCUGCAAGCAGUUCAGACGGAUCAAAGGCGAGGUGACGCUGCUCUCGCGUCUCAACCAUGAGAACAUCGUCCGCUAUUACAACGCAUGGAUCGAGCGCCACGAGAAGCCCUCCACAGGUCUGCUGAGCAGCACCGACAGCUCCGAGCCUCCGAGUACAGAUGACAACAUUCCUCGAGGCAGAGGUCAUCCACCGAAGCGUCGGAAUGAGCUCGGCUUCCUCGACAACGUGGAGGACAACGCGCCGCCUCCAGCGCUGUCGAGCUCUGUAGAGUGGUCCACCUCCAUUGAGAAGUCCUCCAGUGCCAUGUGUAGUAGACACCAAUCAAGCGAUGAUGAGGAUGAUGAUGAAGAAGAUGUGUUUGGGGCCUCUUUUUUACCAUCGGAUAGUGACUCGGGAAGUGAUAUCAUCUUUGAUAACGGUGAUGAAAGCAUAGACGAGAUGUCACAGCUUGACCCGAGCAAAAGAACAGCGACUGACACAACAGAGAGCUCAGACUUGGAUCAACCCCCCCGCAUAGCGCAUUACUUGUACAUACAAAUGGAAUACUGUGAAAAAAGCACUUUAAGAGACACCAUAGAUCAUGGCCUGUAUCAGGACCAGAAUCGGUUAUGGAGGCUGUUUAGGGAAAUCCUGGAUGGCCUCGCAUACAUCCAUGAGCAGGGGAUGAUUCACAGGGAUUUGAAGCCUGUCAACAUCUUCCUCGACUCGCAGGACCAUGUGAAAAUUGGAGAUUUUGGCCUGGCGACAGAUCAUCCUGCUAAUGUGGCUGCAGGUAAAAUUGAAGUCGAGGAGAUUGGGUCUGCAGUGAUGCCCAAACUGGACCCAACAGGUAACAUGACCGGCAUGGUUGGCACUGCGCUCUACGUCAGUCCGGAGGUUCAAGGAAAUACUAAAGCUACCUACAAUCAAAAAGUUGACCUGUUCAGCUUGGGAAUCAUCCUCUUUGAGAUGACCUACAGGCCGAUGGUCACUGGGGCUGAGCGCAUCUCUGUCCUGAGCCAGCUGCGUGUUGAGCCAAUCGUCUUCCCUGAGGACUAUACAGCGUAUGAGCAAGGAACACAGAGGAAAGUGAUACAGUGGCUGUUAACCCAUGAUCCAGCUCUGCGGCCCACCACCCAGGAGCUGCUCAAGAGUGAACUGCUGCCUCCGUCUCAGAUGCAGGAGUCGGAGCUGCACGAGGUGCUGCAGCACACCAUGGCCAACAUCAACGGCAAGGCCUACCGCACCAUGGUGGGCCAGCUGUUCACUCAGAAUACCACACCGGUCAUGGAUUACACCUACGACAUAGACCUGCAUAAGGGUAGCUUCAGCUUCAGUGGUGCCAAAUUGCAGCAGCAUGUGUAUGAAACAAUCACCAGGAUCUUCAAGAAGCAUGGUGCAGUCCGUCUCCAGACACCGCUGCUCCUCCCCAGGAACAGGAAGUUGUAUGAUGGCAGUGAGCCGGCCUGCUUCAUGGACCACAGCGGAAUGCUGGUUACGCUGCCCUAUGACCUUCGCAUGCCGUUUGCCAGAUUCAUCGCCCGCAACAAUGUAACUCACCUGAAAAGGUAUAGCAUCGAGCGUGUGUUCCGCCCCAGGAAGCUGGAUCGCGCGCACCCGAGGGAGCUUCUGGAGUGUGCCUUUGACAUCAUCACACCCGUCACCAACAGCUUGCUCCCUGAUGCCGAGAUCAUUUACACCAUCUCUGAAAUAGUUCAGGAAUUCCCUGCACUCCAGGAGAGAAACUAUAACAUUUACCUGAACCACACCAGUCUGUUGAAGGCCAUCCUGCUCCACAGUGGAGUCCCUGAAGACAAACUGAGCCAGGCCUCUAGCAUUCUGUGUGACGCUAUGAGUGAAAAGCUGACCAGACGUGAGGUGGAGGCAAAGUUCUGCAACUUAUCAUUGUCAACCAACAGCUUGCAGAUACUGUACAAGUACAUAGAACUGAAGGGAAACCUGCAGGACCUGGUGCCACUUCUGACACCGCUCACCAAGCACAAGAUGGCUGUCACCCAGCUGGCCAAGCAGGGCCUCAAGGACCUGGAGGAGCUCACUGUGCUCCUGUGUAAACUGGGAGUAAAACUGCAGGUGGUGGUCAAUUUGGGUUUAGUAUACAAGGUGCAGCACCACAGUGGAGUCAUCUUCCAGUUUGUGGCUUUUAUAAGGAAACGCAAACGAACUGUACCAGAUAUUGUGGCGGCCGGAGGACGUUACGACCACUUGAUCGUGGAGUUUCGAGGGCCAGCCUCCACAGUGCCAGUCCCCUCUGCAGUAGGGGCCAGUGUGGCUCUUGACAAAAUCUGUGCUGCUAUAGCCAACAUGGAAGAACAAAUGUCAGUGAGCUCCUGUGAUGCCCUUGUGGUCCCAGUUGGACAUUCGUCGAUGUCCAGAGCCAUCAGCGUUGUCCAGAAGCUAUGGAGCACCGGUCUCUCCGCAGACAUCACCUAUGAUGUCUCACAGUCUCAGGAGGUGUUGCUGGACCACUGCAAAGUGGCAGGCAUCACCUGCAUGGCCCUGGUGUCUGACAAGGAGGGAAGCUAUGUGAAGGUAAAAUCCUUUGAGAGGGACAGACAGUCAGAGAAACGGAUUCCGGAGUCGGAUUUGGUGGACCACAUCAUUCAGAAAUGUCGGACCAAAUUCUUUGACGAAAGAAACAUAAGAGAAAUCCCUGAAAGCAUGUCUCUUCAGAACCCCAAAGGAUCGCUGCUCAACACCACAGGGUCUUCAGAGCAGCAUGGAAGCAGCAGCACCAUGAACCUGAAUGUGAACAUCAUCAGUCCUGAGAAAGUUUCCUCCAGUGCUAAACGACGCUAUGAGACUCAGGUCCAUACCAGAUUACAGAAUCUUGGUAGCACUUUGCAGAACAAGAGCAACGACAUCGAGGUCCUGGCGGUGGACCUGCAAAAGGAAACGCUGAUCAACUUCCUGUCUCUGGAGUUUGACAACGAAGAGCUGUUCAACAGCAGCGUGAAGACUCUGCUGUCUCGUCUCCCGAAACAGCGCUACCUAAAGUCCAUCUGUGACGAGAUCCACCAUUACAAAGUUAUAAAAAGGAUGGCUGUGGUCAUCUUAUACAGCUACAAGGAGGAUUACUUCAAGAUCCUUCUAUGAGAAACUAAGGUGUUCUCCUCCAACGAGAGACUAGAACUUCCCCCCCCCUCAAGGCUCUGUGGACAUCCACCGGCUGAUUUCGUCAUUGAACCCACAGUAUCUACUUGAAAACUGGCCGAUUUGUACCUCCUCCCUUUGGAAAGUGUGAGCCCAAGAGACAUGUUUUUGUUUUUUUUUAUAUAUAUUUAACCAAAAGUCUAUAACUUUCCCAGAAGAGUCUCCAAUGACCUGUGGUCUCAUGGAGACCAAAGAACUUGGCCUUAAUAGAAAUAUAGUAUUUGAGAAAGGGCUUUUUUACUGAAGAGUACAUGUCAUAAAUACAACAUUUCUACAUUUCUAAUGGGGAGCAAUAUGUUAGUAGGAAUAAAUUGCCUUUUCCAACA